UUCAAGUUCAAAAUGGCCGCUUGGCCUCUGCUGUGUUAACCGCCUUUUCGUACUAUAGAAUAAUAUUUGUAUCAUUCUGUGAUUUAUCGCAAAGUUUUGCUUAAAUAACAUAACAAACAUGUCGUUUUCGUUUGGGACACCAUCAAGUGCCCCUGCCUCAACAGGACUCACCGGAGGGUUCAGUUUUGGCGCUAACAAGCCUGCUACUCCCGGUUUUGGAUUGACUGCGACUUCGCAACCGUCGACCGGUCUGUUUGGAAGCACUCCAGCGACAUCAGCACCUGCAUUUGGCACGACUACGCCCGCGUUUGGGGCCACAGCUGGUUUUGGUGCCGGUUCUACUCCAGGGUUUGGAGCCAGCGCUACUCCAGCAUUUGGUGCCACCUCUACCGCUCCUGCGUUUGGUACAGGCACAACACCUGCUUUUGGUGCAACAUCAACUGCUCCAGCUUUUGGGGCCACUGCGGCUCCCGCAUUUGGGUCCACACCUGGGUUCGGGGCCACCUCCACAGCCCCUACGUUUGGAGCCACUAGCACCCCAGCAUUUGGGGCCAUAUCGGCUGCACCUGCGUUUGGAUCAACAACAACACCUGCAUUUGGAGCAAAUACUACUCCGGGAUUCGGAGCAGGGCUGGGUACAGGCGGUCUCAACUUUGGCAUUGGCACCAACACAUCAACUGCACCUACAGGAUUGACCCUCGGAGCACCAGCAACCACAGCAAGUGUUGGUCUUGGAGGGCUAGGAGGCUUCGGGUUUGGCACUACAACCACACAGAACACCGGCCUCGGUGGAGGCCUGUUCAACAUCAGUACCACAACUUCUGCUGGACUAUUUGGUCCAAAACUGGGAACAACUACAGUAACAGGUACACAGCCAUCUGUGUCAGCCGCUCCAUCACUGGGGUUAGGCGGAGUACAGCCCUCUGGGACAGCUAAUACUACCACUUCAGGAGAUGGAAAGACUGAGCCACCAAAGCAAGCCAAACUUCCAAAUGAGAUUGUAACUACAGUGGAUUCAUUCAAAGACUUUGUGAAGAAGCAAAAAUCCCUUAGCUCUGAAAUAAUGCGAGUCUCCGUCAAACCGCUGCAUAAGGUGGCGCGCGAGGCGGAGGCGACGCUGCGGCUGGCGCUGUCGCUGGGCGGCGACGUGGGCCGCGCGCGGGCUCACUCGCGCCGCCUGCGGGCCGCCGCCGCCGCCGCGCUGGCCACCGCCGAGAGCCUCGCUAACUGCCCAGCCACGGAGCUUGAAGGCACAGCACCUCCGUCGUACGUCAAGGAGUUGAUAUCAGAAUUGGAACAGCAACUUAUUGCGUUCCGUCGGCAAAUGGACGUCGCAGAUAAGCAAAUGCAGGCGUCACCUAAACUUCUUACAGAACAAGAAUUGACGAUGGGUAUAAGAAGGAUGCACGAGUCAUUAGUAGCUCUCGCAGGGCGCCUACAGGCCGUCCACACACAGGUUGAAGAACAAAAGGAGCAGUAUCUCAACUUGAGGAAAUAUGUACUCAAGGACCCUACCAAUGUCUUUGACACGCCAGACACGAGUACAAGCUUAGACCAAAUUCUACGGGAUGCAGAAGGAAGUAGGAAGAAGACUAAACCGAGCCAUUUAUCUGGGUCAAACCUCACUAGCGCGGUAUUAUCAGAUCCUCGAGCCGCUUUAGGUAGCAUACAGCAGUUGGCUGGGCCAACCCCAUUCACUUACAUUGGUAGUGCAAUAUCACAAUUCCCUAACACUGAUACGUCUGGCGCUAGUUGGCAGCCACAGUGUCAGCCCAAUGUAAACACUUCGCUCAACGUAAGUUUCGGAGCGACGACGUCCGCGGACUCCAGCACCUUCCAGCUUCAGAAACCGCCGGGAAAGCGCGGGAAACAAUGAUAUUGGCGCUAAACCCGCAACGGGUUCACCAAAGUGCCAGGACACAGUCGUUUGUACGUAACGUUGUAGAGCAACGCAGUGCUGCAUGUGUACGGUCACGAGCAUUAAUAUGUAUACACUUUGGUACCAUGUCACAUUAACUUAUUUGACAAAUUGAACUGUAAGUCUCACUAAAUGUCAAAUAUGUUAGUGCGACAGAGUCCUAAAGUGGGUACAUUAUAUUGCUCAUGACUGUAUUUUGAAGUUUAUAUUUCUUCACAUUUUUUGUCACUACUAUAACAACAUAACGUCACGACUCCCAUUGAGAGACUUUCCAGGCUACGUUCCCCAAAAACAAUAUAGAUGGCGCUGUUCAGAUUUAACGUGAUAAUUACCUACUUUCUCAUUGCUCUUGGUACAUAAUUAUACAAAAUAUAAUGUAAUGUCAGAGGCAUAUAUAAAAAUAAUUGUUACUUGAUAUUUGGAUCGGAUAUGGUCUAGAAUUAUGUUGCUAUCUAUAUUUCUUCUCUUUAUUUUGAUCAGAAUAAUAAUGGGUGGAAGAUGUGUUGUGCUCGGGUGUAAUAUCAAGGGUCAUUUAUACCCAAUAACAAAGAUAAAAUUGAAAUUAGAAGGUUAAACAAAGACAAAACUGUACAGCGCCAUCUACAGUUUUUUGGCGAACGUAGCCUCAUUGGGGUAGCCAGUUUUUACCGAGCUUUCUGUUAGACCUACGUCAUAGGUUGUGAGCCGUAUCGCCGUCAUUAUUAUAAUUCUGUACAAUUAAGUACUACUGCUUUUAAAUAUGAAUACAUUUCAAUAGGUGGCUAGUUCUAGACAUUUUAAGACAUUUGUUUUGAAAUGAACCGUAGUUAUAACAAUUGUUAACGUCAUAAUGUUGAUACUGUAAUAAAAAAUUGGUUUGUAUACGCGUCUCGUACAUAAUUGAUGUCUGAUGGUAAGUCUAACGGUAAUAUACAAGCGUGUUGUUAAUGUCAAGUUAGUAGUAUUAAUAUCGAGCUCACUGUUGGACAGUUGAGUUUAUUAUAUCAUGCUAUAAACAUGGCAUAAGAAGACCAGGUAUGCUCAAUCCUAUGACAGACCGCCAUUGAUAGCCCUUGAUGACGUAAGUGUUACCAUUAAAUUGGUAUCGCCAACAUUCCAUACACGUAAAUUUUAUUAUUGAAAGUAAAGUGAAUAACUGACUAAUGUAUUUAAUUACUAUUAUUUGUCACUUAAAACUGUACGUAAAUCUUUUACUAAAAAUACAAAAUUUCCUAGCUAAGUAAAUUAAGGUUAGCCCAGCUGACGUCAUCCCACCCUGCCUUGCCUUUUCGUAAGUAAAUAAAUUAUCCACGUCUAUGUUUUUAAAAUGAUAGCUGUCAAUUUUGAGCAUAACUGGUUUUCUUAUACCAUGGCUAUAAAUACGUCGCUUAUAUGAUUUGUUAGUACAGAAUUGACUGAUAGGAUUAUGAAGAACAUUAUAAAGUGCUUUGUUCUUCGUCUCUUGUUGAUGUUCCAACACAAUUGAGGUAUAUGUAUGAGGUAAUUUUGUACAAAACUGUUAUUAUAUACUUCAUAUUAUACUUAGCUAUUACAUCAAAUAUUUAUCAGAAAUUCGUCAUUGAUAUGUAUGUACAAUUGGAUUUGUUAUAUAAUUUUUAUACGAAAAUAAAAUUAUAUUAUUAGAAAUAGUA